AUGAAGAGGAAAAGAAAAUCAACAGCUAAGGCCAUCGAAAUAAGGAAUAAAGACAAACAAAUUCAAGAAAUUCAAGAAAUAGGUCCUUCAAGAUGUUCCAAAGUCUGUCCUUCAAGAUGUUCUAAUAAAGCUGCCAACAAAGAGCAUUAUCUGUGCAAAAGUGUCUGCAAGGUUUGGUAUUCUCUAAUUUCAGACCCUGAAUUUGCUAAGUUGUACCUUGCACAAGCUGAGGCAUGUCCUCUGCUCGGCCCGACACGGGAGUCAAGAACCCUUUACUUGGUUGAGCCGGAAGACAGUUCUGAUUUUGACUUGAAGGACUCUGCCUGUGAUUAUGGCACAUCCAGGUGUAUCCAGUUUCACCUCCAAAUGAAUUUUCACAAAUGUAAGAUCUGGUUGCGCAAUGCUGAGCAGGCAACCAAUGCAAUGCUUAACAGGAAACGUACAACUAAAAGGAAACCUCCUCCAGCAGCUCAUGGGACUGAUAUCAAUGCGUGGGUAAUGGAAGAUUAUGGUGCACAAAAACCUUGA